CUGUCCUUUUAUCUCUCGUGGUUUAUUAGGAUUUGUUCCGAAUGAAUCCUUAAAUUGUGUGUCAUGUCAAUUUGCAAAACAACUAGUUUUAUCUUUUUCUACUAGUCGUUAUCUUUUUGUUGCUUCUUUUGAUCUCGUGCAUUUUGAUGUUUGGGGUCCAUCUCCGACACCUACCAUGGGGGGUUCUAGUGACUCUGAUGCAGAUACAUUUGAUGACCUCCAUGAUGCCUCUCCACAUGCUCCAUCUAGUUCUAUAGAAGAUGCUCUGCCUACUAGUAAUGUAUUAUACAAUGGUGAGUCUUCUUCCCUUCCCUCUUCUGUACCACCUAUUGGAUUUGACCCUGUUGAGCCCGAAAAUGAGAUCCUUAAUCCACCUUCAAGUCGUCCUACUCGGAUCAAAACUCGGUCUGAUGGUUCCGUGGAGCGUUACAAGGUUUGUUUGGUUGCUAAAGGAUUUACUCAAGAAUAUGGGAUUGAUUAUGAGGAAACCUUUGCCCUUGUUGCUCAUCCUACUUCAGUUCGUAGUUUGAUUACUAUUGCUGCUGCAAAAGGAUGGAAAUUGUUUCAGAUGGACAUGAUAAAUGCCUUGCUAAAUGGUGAUCUUGUAAAGGAAGUUUACAUGCAACCACCUUUUGGACUUGAGCAUCCUCCAAACAAAGUUUGUCGAUUGAAUCCUCAUGAUAUUAUAUUGUUCAUACGCAAAACUAAUCAUGGUAUGGUUCUACUACUUCUUUAUGUUGAUGAUAUGAUCAUUACUGGGGAUGAUAUUUCAAGUAUUCAUGAUGUUAAGCAAUUUCUCAGUCAGAAGUUCAAAAUGAAAGAUCUUGGUGUUUUGAGUUAUUUCUUGGGACUUGAGAUCACUUCUUCUGAUGAUGGUUAUCUUCUCUCCCAAACAAAAUAUGCUUCUGAUCUUAUAUUUAAAACUGGACUCAUUGACAGUAAGACUGCAUCUACUACUCUUGAGCCAAAUGUUUGACUCACACCUAUGGAUGGUUCUUCAUUAACUGAUCUUACUUGUUACAGACAGUUGGUUGGAAGUUUGAUUUAUCUCACUACAAUGCAACCAGACAUAGCUUAUGUAGUUCAUGUUGUUAGUCAGUUUAUGGCUACACCUCGCUCCACUCACUAUAUAGUAGUACUCCGCAUCAUUUGCUAUAUUAAAGGUAGCAUUUUUCA